AUGACUAGUCAAGACAAUACUCACGACGACCACAAGACAUUUGGCCAGAAACUCAAGCAUGUCGGCAGUGUCCUUUAUGAUUGGUUGGAAAAGACUGGUUACCAUGAACACCCCAACUUGCCGCCAGCAGCCCCCGAGGCUCAAACCCAAGAAGCCCAGACCGGCACUCAGGCCCAUUAG